AGGUUCAGUCUCCCACUAAUGAUGUAAAAGAUGUAGUCACAUUGGAAAAAGAGCAUGUAGCUGAGCAUGUUGAAAAAGACCAUGUACCUGAGCAGGUUCAGGAGAAAAUAGAGGACAAGCUGGAAAAAACUGUGAAAAAGAAGGAAAAAGACCAUGUGCCUGAGCAGCUUCAGAAGAAAAUAGAGGACAAGCUGGAAAAAACUGUGAAAAAGAAGGAAACAUUAGGAAAAUGGCACAGAGCACAAGAAGGGACCUUUAACAUUCUGGACUUUGGAGGCCAACUCAUCUACAAAGGCAUACAAAGGAUUCUGAUGGUUUCUGUUGCCAUUUAUCUUGUAGUCUUCAAUCUUGAAGACAACCUUGAUUCAUUUGCAUUUGUUCUGGAUUCUUCCAAGGAAUGGCAUAAAUACCAUAUGACGAAUCUUCAGGUUAUCCUGUACUGGAUUAGUACCAUUUACUCUGACACACGUGUAAUGGAACAAGACGCUGACAGUAGUACAGAUUUGCCAUCUGUUUUUAUUGUGGGCACCCACAGUGGUUCGCUAAUUCUUGGAAAAGACGAAAAUGAGAGAAAACUAACGGUGAAAGAGAAGUUUGACAAAAUAAAACGUGCAUUAGUAGGCACUCCCUAUGAAUCACAUGUACAUACAACAUAUUUUAGUGUGGAAAACAGCUCACUGAAUGAUGAAAAUAUUGCAAAGCUUAAAAAGGAACUGGAAAAGCUGAUGAAGAUAAUGGUUAGGACGAUUCCUCUCAGUUGGGUGCAUUUUCAAAGUGAAAUCCAAAAAUUAAGUGAGGAGAAAGUGAUUUGUCCUUUGGAAGAGGUGAAGUCUAUUGCUACAAAGUGUGGAGUAUCAGAUGAAAAUGCCCAAAUUGCUUUGCUAGAUUAUCUGUACGAUCUUGGUGAAAUUGUAUUCAUCCGUACAAUUAAGGAACUACAAAAUGAUGUUGUUGUUAAUCCAUUGAGUUUAGUUGGCUAUUGUAAGGCUGUCUUCACUGUCAUCAUUCCAGAGCUACAGUCAGCAGUAAUGAAGCAGAGUUGGAGAAAGUUGGACAAAGGAAUACUUGAGGAACGUCUACUGAAGUUUCUUUGGAAGGAUAUUGUUGAAGAUUUGGACAAGAACUUUGACUUCUUAGUGAAAUUCAUGGAAAGAUUUGGACUUCUUUGUGAGAGGCAGUCACCUAAGGCAAAUUAUAUAUUUUUUUUUAAUAUGUAUACUCUAACAAAUAGGAGUAGCUACACUAUAAAAUUGUGUUCAACAACAAUUGUAAGAGCAGCGAUUCUUAAUGAGGCUAGUCCUCCAACUGAACCAGAGCCUGAUUCAUGCAAAAAGGUGUUGAAGUUUCUUGAGACUGUGUUUGAGUUACACAAUGUUAAUGAUAGGAGAGGAAUACAUGUUAAGUUGUGCAUCCCCUGCCCUUGUAGUAAGAAUACUGAACAUAUGCAGAUACUGGGAGAUUUUAAGCAAGACUUGCUUCCAUGUGGACGAGACCGAGUGAGAAUAACACGCUACCAACAAUUAUUUGGAGAUGGUAACAUAACUGAAAAAGGAAGUGUUUUGGAUGAUAAACAGUUACUCAGAUUGUGUGAUGCAAUGGAUAGCAAUUGGAGAAGGCUUGGAGUUCAGCUUGGAUUAAGUCAUUCAGAAAUACAGAAAUUUGAAAGUGAUAAUGUUCAAGAAAAGGAUGCAGUGAUGGCAAUGUUUGUGUCAUGGAGAAAUCGACAACCAACUGAUAUCAAUCAGGUAUCUGUGAUGAGGGCAGCGCUUUAUCAACGGGGUUACAUUCAACUUGCUGAGCAACUGAGAGAUGACUUUUGCCUACCUGAAAACUUCUCUGGGUUUCUUCAUGAUGAUGACCUGAUGCUUAUUAGUAAUGGAAUUGGCAUUAAGUAUCCGGAAGUUGCAGUACGUCUUGGUCUUACAUGGACCGAUGUGUCAUCAGCAAAAACACAGCAUCAUGGCCAUAUUUUUUAUUCAUCCAUGGAGCUGUUGACCAAAUGGCGACAGCGGCAGACUCAUUCUACGAAUCAACUCCAGAUGAUGUGUGAAGCGUUGGAACACGAAGGAUUUUCCUCUGUUGUGAAGCAACUACGACCUAAUGUGGAAGCAUCUUCAGUUCUUUGUGAAG